AUGCAGCCUGCGGUCCACAAGUUUGACUUGCCUGCUCUAAAGCUGUGUGGGACGCUAGAGGGCCUCCCCGUGAGGAAGGAGGCUUGGACUCAGCCUCUACCAGAAAGAGAAUGGGGCUCCGUGAGCAGGAGGAGCCACAGGAUCCCUCGCCUGGGUUCCCCACCUGCACGACGUGGGGUGCACCAGGUGGCGGAGCGGGUGGAGGCGCUGGGGCAGUUUGUCAUGAAGACCAGGAGAACCCUCAAAGGCCACGGGAACAAAGUGCUCUGCAUGGACUGGUGCAAAGACAAGCGGAGGAUCGUGAGCUCCUCGCAGGACGGGAAGGUGAUCGUGUGGGAUUCCUUCACGACUAACAAGGAGCAUGCAGUCACCAUGCCCUGCACAUGGGUGAUGGCGUGUGCGUACGCCCCGUCGGGCUGUGCUAUUGCGUGUGGGGGUUUGGAUAAUAAGUGUUCUGUGUAUCCACUGACCUUUGACAAAAAUGAAAGCAUGGCUGCCAAAAAGAAGUCUGUGGCUAUGCACACCAACUACCUGUCGGCCUGCAGCUUCACCAACUCUGACAUGCAGAUCCUGACGGCGAGUGGCGACGGGACAUGCGCCCUGUGGGACGUGGAGAGCGGGCAGCUGCUGCAGAGCUUCCACGGGCACGGGGCCGACGUGCUCUGCUUGGACCUGGCGCCCUCAGAGACGGGAAACACCUUCGUGUCCGGGGGAUGUGACAAGAAAUCCAUGGUGUGGGACAUGCGCUCCGGCCAGUGCGUGCAGGCCUUUGAAACUCAUGAAUCAGACGUCAACAGUGUCCGGUACUACCCGAGCGGAGAUGCCUUUGCCUCAGGAUCAGAUGAUGCUACGUGUCGCCUCUACGACCUCCGGGCAGACAGAGAGGUCGCCAUCUAUUCCAAGGAGAGUAUCAUAUUUGGAGCAUCCAGCGUGGACUUCUCCCUCAGUGGCCGCCUGCUGUUCGCUGGAUACAACGAUUACACCAUCAACGUCUGGGAUGUGCUCAAGGGGGCUCGAGUCUCCAUCCUGUUUGGACAUGAAAACCGUGUCAGUACUCUACGAGUUUCCCCUGAUGGGACUGCUUUUUGCUCAGGAUCCUGGGAUCACACCCUAAGAGUCUGGGCUUAAUCGUUUCCUCACAAUACGCAUUUAGGUACCUGAGGUUAGAAUUUGAAAUCGCCACA